UCGUAUGGAGCAACUUGAGCGUGAGAACGGGAAACUGAGAACCACAAUUCAACUAGAAAGUGAGAUACGAUCAGCAGAGCAGAAGAGGAAAGCAGAAACACCUCGAUGGAUGCAAAGUUUGAUUACCUGGACGAAUUCUGGAAAGCUUGAACAGAGUGUAUAUUCCAACGUGAAACUACCCAAUGAUGAGUUUGCAGACAUCUUGAAGCAGAUAGCUGACGAUCUUUCCGAUGAGGCCAAAAUCGAUAGCUUGGGUAGUCAGCUUGGAAUCCUACAGGGUGAUAUAGCAAGAGCUCUCAAAACCAACAUGAGAUACGAACAGGUCACUAGUAGAGGAACCCAUCUCAUGCUGAAACAAUGGAGAAGAGGUGUGUCCAGGGAAGAUGAACGGAUGGAACUGAGGAGGGCGCUUGUGGCUGCCAAAUUGCUAGACCUUGCUGACCGUUAUAUUCCACAAGGAACAGGAACAGGAUCAGGACCAGGACCAGGACCAGGACACUCUCAGAAAAUGGAAGAUUCUCACCAGCUAUCCAGGAUAGAUAGCACAUCUGCAGCUCAAUGUUCCUCAGGAGGACAAACCAACGUGUCUUCUAACGAGCCGUUUGAAGAGGGAACUAACACAUCUGAUGAAGAGGGUGUAGAAGAUAACGGCAUCAACUAUAGCGACUGGCUCUCUAACAUCGCCUUGACCGAGACAUCUUCGGAGAAUCUAGUGAUGCUUUUAUUCAUAAAAGUAAUCAUUGAUGUUCGUCAAAAAGCCUUUGGUGGAUAAACCCUUUCGGACAACCUUUAUUGUGACUGUAUAUAUAUUUUCUACACAUUUAUAUGUGAAUUUAACUUGCUUAAAGAUUAACCAUAGUGACAAUUACAAAACUUUACAUUGGCAGGUGAACAACUAUGACUAUACCGAGAUAUGAUUCUCCUGGAUCUUGUAUACUCAUG